UACAAACACGUAGAAAAUUACGAAGAUGAAAACGGAUAGGAAUACGAAAACCAAAAGGAAGACCGAGACCAAUAUGAAGGCGAAAGCGAUUACGAAGUCUGGUAUCCCUCUUAAUGGUAAACAUGCAGUCCGGCAACAUUAAAAUCCAGCUGACUCAGGGUUGCUAUCCCGCGAUCAGCUGUUCCAUAAAAAUAAACAAUUGGAAAUUGGAGACAAAACAUUGGAGAGAUGCACAAAGUCAAAAGGAACGCAUGGAAGACUGGACAAAAAUCGCUGAAUAUUUGCCAAAAUAUGAAGAAAUUAAAAACAUUUUACAAAGUGAACCAGAAGCGGAUUACAUAAUCCGGGAGGCAGCAGCAGAUGUUGGAAAAACAAAUGAAGAACGCGAGCUUAACGAUGAAAUAUUCUACCUUGUUUCCAGCUUAGCCGACAAAUUUUGGGAACGCAUACACACAGGUCACUUCAGUGCAGUGCCAAUAGAAGUGCGAAAAAUUUAUGCCCUGGCUUGUUAUUAUAAAAUAUACUAUCUGUUUUGUGAAAGUUUAUCGAAAACGCAGUUACUGCGUUGCUCCGAGAUACUCGAUGAAGCCAUACUUAUUGGAUGCACACAAUCAUUAUAUAAAGGCAGUGACCAAUUUCAAACCCAACUGACCAGCUAUAUUAGCAAAGUUUCAGAGGACAAUGCAGAGAGUGAUCUGCCAAUCAUAGCUGAGCUUGAACGUCAACAAUAUAAAUGUGAUAUACCCGUCUUGGAUUGUCCCUCAGUUGAGAACUUUCGCAAAAUAUGUUUCAAUUCCGAGCAACCAGCGCUGCUGCUCAACACAAUUGCACAUUGGCCUGCUAUGCAUAAAUGGCGGGAUCUUAAUUAUCUACUUAAACUAGCCGGUAAUCGAACAGUGCCAAUUGAAAUCGGUGCCAACUACACGACAGAUGAAUGGUCACAGCAGCUAGUCAAAAUACGCGAUUUCCUGCGCAGACAAUUCGUGCAAAGCAACACACAAAUUGAAUAUUUGGCACAACAUGAACUGUUCGAUCAAAUACCGACACUUAAAACCGACAUACGCAUACCCGACUACUGUAUUUUACACUCCAGCGAUAAUAGCUCGGAUACUGAAAAGGUUUCAAUUAAAGCUUGGUUGGGACCUAAAAAUACCAUAUCACCACUACAUUAUGAUCCCGAACACAACUUGCUCUGUCAAGUGUUCGGCCGAAAGCAGGUCAUAUUAGCAGCACCGACUGAUACUGCAAAGUUGUAUCCUCAUGAUUCCGAAAUGCUUUGUAAUACCUCACAAUUGGAUGCAACUCGGCUGGACUUAGAGCGAUUUCCGUUAGCAGCAGAGGUUGCUUUUUAUAAUGUAACAUUACAGGCAGGCGAUUGCCUUUACAUGCCACCAAAGUGGUGGCAUUAUGUACGUGCCGAGAGUGAAAGUUUCUCUGUAAGCUUUUGGUGGUCAUAAUUUUGUAUAAAUAUUUUAAAUUAGAAUGUGAUUAAACAACAAAUGCUGAAUAAGUUCAA